AUGGCUUCCCCAAUACUAUUUGUCAAGAAGAAAAACGGGAAAUUACGCAUGUGUGUAGACUAUCGACGGUUGAAUAGCAUGACCAAGAAGAACGCUUACCCCCUGCCCUUGCCACAAAACCUUAUUGAGAAACUACAAGGUGCUAAGAUCUUUAGUAAAUUUGAUCUUAGGGCAGGCUACAACUUAGUCCGAAUUAAAGAAGGCGAUGAAUGGAAAACCGCUUUCAAAACUAAAUACGGAUUAUUCAAAUACUUGGUUAUGCCUUUUGGAUUGACAAAUGCGCCGGCAGCCUUUCAGGACAUGAUGAACAAAAUAUUCAGAGACCUCUUGGACGUUUAUGUCAUCAUCUACUUGGACAAUAUUCUAGUCUUCUCUCUGAAUGAAAAAGAUCAUGAAGCCCAUGUGCGAGAGGUACUCAAAAGGCUGCAGGAUAAUGACCUUUUUUGCAAUAUUGAGAAAUGCCAUUUCCACGUCAAGAAAAUUGAUUAUCUAGGGUUUAUCAUAUCUGAAUUUGGUAUAGAAGUCAAUCAAUCAAAAGUCACAGACGCCUUAAAUUGGUCAACACCUAAGAAUGUCAAAAACAUCCAAGAAUUCCUAGGAUUUGUGAACUUCUAUAGACGGUUUAUCCCUAAUUUUGGAAAUAUGGCACAACCACUGUACAAUUUGCUCAAGAAAGAUAGUAACUGGAGAUGGGAAUCAGCAGAACAACAAUCUUUUGACAGCCUUAAAAAAUGUCUUACUUCAGCGCCCUUGCUUUUACAACCUGACACCACAAGACAAUUUUAUGUGGAAUGCGACGCAUCGGAUUAUGCCACUGGAGCAAUACUAUCCCAACGCAACUCUGAAGGGAAAUUGGCUCCAGUAGCCUAUCUGUCCAAAUCCUUAUCCCCUGCCGAAAAAAAUUACGAUAUCUUUGACAAGGAAUUGUUGGCAGUCAUUAGGGCAUUUAAAGAAUGGCGCCAUUUGUUAGAAGGAUCUGAAUUGCCGGUUCAAGUUUUAACGGAUCACAAAAACUUGGAAUAUUUUUCUACAUCCCAAUCCCUUAACAAACGACAAAUCCGAUGGGCCAAUUUCUUGGUGGACUACAAUUUCCAAAUCAUCUACAGGCCUGGAGCACAGAACAGGAAGGCAGACAUCCUCUCAAGACGCUACAAUUUGAUACCCCUUGAAGGGGGGGUAGAGAACCAAGUUCUCUUGAAACCGGAACUUUUCAUUUCAUCCAUUACUCCGGAUCAAGAAAUCAAUGAUCUAAUUGGCGAGGCAAUCUAUGAGGAUAACCGCCUUAGGGAAAUUCUGCAGAAACUCCAGAAUAAGGAAAAAGUCAUAGAUUGGGAAUUGAAAGAGGGCUUACUGUGGUAUCAAGGGAAAAUAUUUGUACCAAAGGACGAAACCAUCAGAAAUCUCAUUUUGGAAUCCAGGCACGACGCAUUAGCCGCAGGUCAUCCAGGACAAGCCAGAACAUUGGAACUUGUCUCCAGAAAUUAUUACUGGCCAUCCCUGAAGAAAUUCGUGAACUCUUACGUCAGUCACUGCGAGACAUGUAUCCGGUCCAAACCUACAAAUCAAGUUCCCACAGGCCUAUUAAAACCAUUACAAAUCCCUGAACGGCCCUGGGAAGAUAUAGCAUACAACAUGAUUGUAGGACUACCAGUUUCAGAAGGCUUUGAUGCUAUCCUUACUGUCAUUGAUCGAUUUUCAAAAAUGGUACACUUUAUCCCCACCCAAUCCACAGCAUCUGCCAUCGACGUUGCCAAUUUAUUCAUCACGUAUGUAUGGAAACUACAUGGUUUACCCAGGAGCACAGUUUCAGACAGGGGCCCCACAUUUAACGCCAAAUUCAUUCGUCAUUUGUAUAAAAGGCUGGACAUUAAGCCAACAUAUUCAACAGCAUAUCAUCCACAAACCGAUGGACAGACGGAACGCAUCCAAAGGGAAGCUGAAAUCUUCAUACAAAUGUUUGGGAAUCAUCGUCAAUCAGACUGGGUGUCACUAUUGCCAUUGGCCAAAUUUGCCUUAAACAAUUUAAAACAAACUUCCACAGGGAAAUCCCCGUUCCAAACAUGUUAUGGCUAUAACCCAAGAUUUACAGUAGGACAAAAGUCAGAUGAAUCAGUCCCAAACGCAGAUGAACAUGCAGAAUUCUUGGAAAAGGGCUAUGAUGAAGUCAAGGCAGCGUUAUCAAUGUCCCAAGAAAGGAUGAAACACUUCUAUGAUCAACGUCACAGAGAAGAAGAAGAAAUUCAAGUAGGGAACAAAGUUUGGCUAAGUCAUCAGAAUAUAUCCACCGACAGACCAUCCAUCAAGCUCAGCCACAAAAAGCUAGGCCCCUACUUGGUAAUUGAAAAAAUUGGAUCACAUGCGUAUAAAUUACAACUACCUCAUACCAUGCGCAUACAUCCAGUCUUUCACAUUAAUCUUCUGACAAAAUUCCAUCCUGACCCUCAUGGACGCGACCCUCCUCAACCUGCACCUAUUAUUACAGAAGAAGGUGAGGAAGAAUAUGAAGUUGAAAGAAUCGUGGACAGCAAAUGGAAAGGGCGUGGCAAAUCAAAGAAACUCUGGUAUUUAGUCAAGUGGAAGGGAUACGACGAAGGAAGCAACUCGUGGGAACCAGUGGAUAAUGUGGGUAACGCUCAAGAAGCCAUAGAAGAAUUCCACAUGGAACACCCUGAUGCAGCUUGGGCUGUUGACAAGGAAUGGGAACGCACAAAUCCAAAAGCAUGCAAACAAUCGGCUAAGCGAAUCGACUCGGACCUAGACAAAAUCCCCCAAGAAGAAAAAUUCGACAAAUUUAUUGAUUGGUACGCACCUCAACCACGGGAGUAUCUAUCCCCUUUGCCAUCACCAUUCCCCUUGGCAUCCCCCUUGCCUUCCAAAUCUAACGCUCCGGCCAAUACCCCUGUUGCCUCUGUUAUGUUAGCUACGCAGAGCCAGGUCAUUGAACCGACCCCAGUUACAACACCUAUUCUCCUUGAUACCGACGUAUGCCAUUCCCCCGGAAAUGCAGCGCAUCAGCCCCCUUUGGAUGUGCCUGCAGCUUUGUUAAUUGCCCCCAGUCAUGCCUCCGGGUCUGUUCAUCCAUGGGGUACAGCAAUGCACGCCGGUGCGUUGGUGGGGUUUGGUCCCAACGUAGCCUUUGCGGCUCCAGAAGCACCGGCGUUUGUCCAGCCUGCGUUUCCGCAAUACGGGUAUCAACCAGGUUUUCAGCCUGGAUAUCUGUAUGGACAACCCGGCAGGAACGGAGGCACUCAAGCGCAUAUUCCAAUCGACCCUACUCUUCAAGGUGAGACAAUUGGUCGCUUGUAUCCCUCAAACGGCAUGCCUCCACCGCCAGAGCUUCAUGAACAAGAAGCCGCCGCCGCUGCCACGCAACACGGCCAGACUGCGCAGCCAAAUAUGCCCGGGCCAAGUCAGCCAUCAAAACCAGACUCCAAGCAGCCAAAGCACGCAAAUCAAGAAUGGCAAGCAAUAGCGGCAACGGCAACGGGGAUGCGUCGCACCCAACAAGUCAAGCAAGUCAAAGUUGUUCUCCAAGGUGCGUAA